AUGGAACAUUACAAGAUUAAUAAUUAUUCAAAUAUACCUUCCCUUCAAAUAGAAUCCUCAUUCAUAUCCGGAAAAGAAAGUAUUUUAGAAAUAUCUAAAGAUAAUACAAAUUUCAUUAAUAAAAGCCAAUUAUCCAUAAAUAGUGAAAGUAAUAAUAUAGGUGUUUCACUAGCACAACCAACAGUUGGAACAAAUUUUUUAUGGAAUUUUGAUGUUUUCAAUCAAACAAAUUCCAUACAAAAUUUAUCAAAUAUUAAUAAUACAAACGAAUUUACUGAUACAUUAUCAUCAUCACUUCAAACGCUUACAACUGAACAAGGAACAACAAAUUUUUAUGAUACUUCAAGUUUUGGAUUAAGUCAAUUAAAUAUUGCAUCACAUUUGACAAAAAAUUAUAAUCCAUAUAAUUAUAUUGAAGAAACAUCAAAUUAUUUUUUGCCAUUUUAUCAUUCCACUAUUAGAAAUUCAACAUUAAUUACACCUGUACAAAUGGAUUCGUAUCCUCUAACACCUCAAUCCAAUAACAGGCAACCAAAAUCAGUUGGUAAGGAAAAAAGAUGA